CUUUGACAGCGUCCGUUGUUGUGGGGUGACGGGAAGAAGUCGUUGCCGAAGCACCGCCCUUUCCUUUUCGCUGCCGUGCUGCCAUCCCGAGCGCACGUCCCAGGCCUGUCUCUUGUGCCGCCGCCGCCAACCAAGAUGCGUUACGUCGCAGCUUACCUUCUAGCAGUCCUCGGUGGCAACGAGUCUCCCACGUCAAAGGACUUGAAAAAGAUCCUCGAUAGCGUCGGCAUUGAGACAGACGAUGAACGCAUGAACAAGGUUAUUAGUGAGCUGAAUGGAAAAAAUAUCGAGGAUGUCAUUGCUCAGGGUAAUGGAAAACUUGCCAGCAUGCCGGCUGGGGGAGCUGUGGCAGUGUCUGCUGGAGGGGGCUCUGCUGCUCCUGCUGCAGCUGCUGCCCCUGCUGCCGCUGAGGAGAAGAAAGAAGAGAAGAAGGAGGAAUCUGAAGAAUCUGAUGAUGACAUGGGAUUCGGCCUAUUUGAUUAAUUAUUUGUUACAGAGAAAAUAUUAAAAUUCUUUGUUAAAAAAGGUGGGGUUUUUUUUAGUUUAUAUUAUAACUAUACAAGUGCUAUUAGAGUCAGACAGCUGUUUGUAAGAUAGCUCUGACACAGCUUUGAUUUUUGUCUGAAACAGGUAUAUGAAUUUUAUGACAAGCCAUGGGAGUCAACUGUUUUGAAAGUCCUUACGAAAUGGCUAUGCUUGUGUGAACCUGGGUGCUUGUUUUGAGACUGCUAUAUCUUAAACAUUAUGUGGAAGCUGAAUCUACCUGGUGUUAACUGAAGUUCAUCUCCAUAGUAUUUUGCCAUCUUGAUUACACAGGAAAGAGUCUCAUCUAUGGAGCAAUAAAAGGACUUUAUUUUUCA